GGAAGUAUCAAAACAAGACCAACAUGCGACAUUCAAUAACAAACUCCCAUAUAAAUUACAAUCCUUCGAGUUUCUAUGCGAAAUUCUUCCUCUAUUAUAUCUUGUGAUACUGUGAGAUUCUUUUCAAAUCGCCAUGUGGCGUGAUCGUACAAAUCUCUAUAUCUCCUAUCGACAAUCAUAUGCACAUCACCCCGCAAAGAAACCAAAAUAUUCAAGCUCUUCUGGCAAUGGAUACUCAGACAGUAUUGGGGGAGCCUCGGAGGAACGCAGAGGACUCAUGUCCGCUGGCGCAUUCGAAGAUGACGGCGAUGCGAUAAUAGAAAUGGAUUUACUGCCACCGAGAUGGGCAGAUAUCAGCGACGAAGUCACAGAAUAUCUUACGGACAUCGCAAACAAGAGUCAAAAAUUGGAGAAGUUACAUCAAAAACAUGUAUUGCCAGGAUUCGAUGAUGAGGAAGUCAAGAAAAAGGAAGAAAGGGAGAUUGAACUAUUGACGCAACAAAUUACCAAGGGAUUUCACGAUUGUCAGAGGUCAAUUCAAAGAGUAGAACAAAUUGUUCGUGACUCGCGGCAUCAAGGAGGCAUAAGUAAAGGAGAGGAAACUAUGGCAAGGAAUAUCCAGAUUUCACUAGCAUCGAGGGUACAAGAAGCAAGUGCGGGAUUCAGAAAAAAGCAAAGUACUUAUCUGAAGAAGUUACGAGGCUUGGGAGGUAUGAAUGCACCUAUCGAACGAACAUCUACCCCUCUUUACAGUAAUUACAUCGACCCCUCCAUCAUGGAAUCCGACGCCGAUAAAUCAUUCUCCCAAGCAACCCUCCAACAAACCUCUCAAAAACAACUCACCUCCAAUGAUGCAGCCAUCAUGCAACGGGAACGUGAAAUCAAUGAUAUUGCGCAAGGUAUUAUCGAACUCGCCGACAUUUUUAAAGAACUUCAAACUAUGAUUAUAGAUCAAGGAACAAUGUUGGAUCGUAUAGACUACAACGUGGAAAGAAUGGCAGUAGACGUCAAGGCUGCAAAUGUGGAAUUAAAAGUUGCAAGCGGAUACCAAAGAAAGGGAACGAAGAGACGAAUUAUUUUGUUAUUGAUCCUACUAGUUGUAGGUAUGUUUAUAUUGCUAUUGGUAAAACCAAAGAAGCAUAGAGGAGAGGUAGAGGACAGUGUACCACCACCAUCACCACCUUAAUAAUGAUACCAUUUUUUUCAAAGAUAGAUUGCAUGUGUUUUGGUGGAGAUAUAUUUGACAUACCCGAAAUACUUCACAACUUCACACAAGGUGUACCCCUGUUCCACGUGCGCAAACUAUCAAUCAUUGUGUUGGGUCGA